AUGGAAAGCCUGGUACCUCAUCGAUAUAUAAAUAUCUUAAAGGGCCACAAUGUCAGAAGGGGACAGGCAAGCCAAGUAUCCAUAGGCUACUCAUACAAGCUAUACGGUCAGCGAGCGCCUACCUGGGUAUUUGAUCAGAAUACCUGGGAACAGAAGCUUCUAAAUCUGGUUACUGUGUCGCAUUUACCAUUCCUUUUCCUCGAGUAUCAAGAGUUCCAAAAUCUUAUCUCCUCCGACGGCACCAAUUAUUCCUUCUCGGAAGGUAAUAUAUACAAGGCUCCGUCAAUUUGUUACCGAAAACCAAAUAGCUAUCCUCCAGAGUAG